GCUGUUGGGUAUAAAGGUGGUGGUGGUGAGGACUAGACCCACUCCACGGUACACCUCAGCAUGGCCACUACUCUCCUCCUCCUCUUAUUAUUUGCACUCACCAUGGGUCAACAGUGCAUCCACCCCUACGCUGCCAUCGGGGGACGCUGCAUCUACAUUGAUCCCUUCAUCUUGGGGUCUAUGCAAGAGGUGAGGAACGUGUGCCAGAGCCAUCACGGGGACAUCCUCUGGUUCGAAGAGGGCACUGACUGCGACUUCUACAGAGACCUCCUCAACCAUCUCCACACUAACCAACUCAACGAGAAGGACUACUGGAUGGGAGUUACUGAUACUGGACAUGAGCUGUCCUGGCAGUACAUGAAGACAGGCAAGGCAGCACGUCUGGGAGUCCCCUACUGGUUGGAAAAGUACCCUCACAAAGACACAACCUCGAACUGUGCCAUCCUCUAUAAAAACGGUGGCUAUUAUUGGAUUGAUGCUAAGUGUGACACUAGAAAAGCUGCUGCCAUCUGCCGCUAUGCAUAAACCCACAAUGACAACCAUCUGCUGCUAUGUGUAAACCCACAUGAAAACCAUCUGCCACUAGGUGUAAACCUACAAUGACAACCAUCUGCCACUAUGUGCAAACCUACAAUGACAACCAUCUACCACUAGGUGUAAACCUACAAUGACAACCAUCUGCCAUUAUGUGUAAACCUACAAUGACAACCAUCUGCCACUAUGUGUAAACCUACAAUGACAACCAUCUGCUACUAUGUGUGAACCUAAAUGACAUCAUCUAAGGAUUGAAAUUAGCCUAAUAAUUCUUGAGUCCAUUCAGUCACAUUAAAAAAAUUCUCUCACAAGAAUUCCUUUUCUUUAAUGGAAAUCUACACAACCAAAAGAACAGGUUUAAUACCUACAUUGGUAGUCUAAAUUAUUUUUGGUACAGAUACUAAAACAUAAUAAUUGUUAUAUUUCAAAACAAUAAUGACAGAAUAAAGAGUUGCAAUACA